AUGCGUGUGAUAGCGGAUGCACCGAUCAGCGAGCAACUGCUCGCCGCUGUUCUGGAAGCCGGCUCUGAUCCCCUAGUUCCAGUGGACGCUGCUGAUACUGUGGAUAUCAUUGAAAGUCUUACAAAGCGGGCUUCCUCAUCCUCAGCACUAGGUGGAGGAAGCUUGAUUCCGAUCAGUGAUUGUAACUUACUGGAUAGUCUGUUUGGAAUUACGGCCUAUAGGCCUCCACCGACGUUCAGUAUACGAGAGAAUGAGUUGCCGUCGCUGGCUGUGAGGACGCUCUACUGGAAGGCCUGGCUUAUUUCGCUUGUGUGGACCUCACUGAACACGGAUACACUGUUCAAAAAAGCCUAUUACAAAUAUCCGAACCUCAAAGUUCUGAUGCAGAUCAUCCUCACUUGGGACUACUCAUUUCCACCUCUGGCAAGUUGGGGCGAUUCGGCUGAUGCAGCAAAAAUAAUCGAGGAUGACGAAGAAGCCGCCUACGAAGAGAAAAUGUCCAUCAAACAGCUAGAAGCACGAUUGGCUGGAAUGGAAGUGAGCGAUGCCGACUCAAAACUGCUCAACAAACUAUGCGCCUUAGAUAUAACGUAUGUUUUUUUUUGUUAUGCAUUGAUGUAA